UUUAGUUGCAGUGUGCUUCUCAUUCCUGCCCCCCACUCAUCCUGCUGCAGCACUCAGGUGCGCCCUGCUUUGCUUGAGGCUACGAACCGGCUACGAGAAGGCGUGGAACAGGUAUAAAGCGAGAUAACUAUGUGAACUCGUGUUCAGACCUGACGCAGCUGCUCUCCCUCCACAGCGAAAAGCCGUCACAACGUGGCCCACAUGGCGUACUCCACCAGCACUCUCGCACAGGGCUGUUUUGGGAAGGUGUACAAGCAGAAGUACAAUGAUACCUGGGCUGCUGUAAAGAAGGUCCCCCACCAGCUCAUCAGCAGGAAGGAUCUGGAGAGAGAGUGUGAAGUGUACAACAAAGCUAAUCAUCCCAACAUAGUGAAGCUUCUGGGCAACAUAACCCUCAAAGACGGAAAAUGGAUCAUUCCUCUCGAGUUUAUCUUUGGAGAGGACUUAGAGACCACCAUCUUCAAAGCAUCAAAGUCCAAAAUACAGUUGACCCCGGCUAAUAAAGCCACGAUCAUCAUCGGCAUGUGUGAAGGGCUCCUUCACCUCCACUCCAAAGAUAUCGUCCAUCAAGACCUCAAGCCUGAAAACAUCAUGGUGGAGCACAACACAAACAGAGCAGUCAUCAUCGACCUGGGACUGGCCAAGUUCUUCCGACACGGUCUCAACUCUGCCAUCGACAUGGGGAACGAGGCCUACUCAGCUCCUGAGGUGCUGCAGAGGGGGAGCCAGCGGGACCAGCGCUCGGACGUGUGGGCCAUGGGUAAGAUCAUCGCUGAGCUCUGCGCCCGGAUUCGGCUGUACACGCCCAGCGUCUGUCCCGCCAAGAUCAGAGAGACCCUGAAGGAUCAGCCGUACUGCCACGCUGUGUGCAGGAUGGUGGAGACCAACCCUUCUCUGAGGGCCUCCAUAGCUGGGGUCAUGGGUGACAUACGAAGGGCCGGAGGUGCAGGCAUUGUCACCAAUGCACCCGUUCAAAGCGACCACCUUAAGCCACCUUCGACUCACAUUAAUGUCAGAAACAGAGAUCCAUCACCAAUGAACAGGGAUCCAUCGCCAAUGAACAGGGCUCCAUCCCCAUUUAACAGGCAUCCAUCACCAAUGAACAGGGAUCCAUCGCCAUUGAACAGGGCUCCAUCCCCGUUUAACAGGGAUCCAUCACCGCUGAACAGGGCCCCAUCCCCGUUUAACAGGGAUCCAUCGCCAAUGAACAGGUCUCCAUCCCCCUUCAACAGAGAUCCAUCACCUCUCAACAGGUCUCCAUCGCCGCUGAAAUGGGAGCGUUCGCCCAGACCGGACAUAAAGGCUUUGCAUCCUCAAGCCGCGCUGCACCUCUCUCCUUCCCCCCAGCGGACAGAGGACAAGAACAAAAACCAGGCUCUGGUCCCGAAAGGCGGAGCCGACCUCCAGCAAGACUUCAUGAAAAUGAGGUUGUACCAAGAGGCUGCCAAGGAUCUGCCCUGCAACCUGCCCACAACAGGGAGGGUGGUGGUGCGACGCUUUGAGGAGAAAAACGGAGAGGUUGAGACAUGGGAGCAGAAGGAGGUGGUGACUCGUGACGGGAAGAUAGUCAAGUUCGACGAUGUCAAGUUUAAUAGCAAGUAAGAAUAAGAGUUUAAGGAUUGAUCGCUUGGACGAUACCUCAUGUCGUCAAAAAGGGCCGCACGUGCUGGUUGAAUGGUUACUUCAGCGUGGCCUAACUUUCGGUAUCUUCUUAAGAGAGCAUUAAAAUACAUUUCCACUGAGUUGACGACGAAACUGAGGUUGCGCUACACGGAUAAAACUGACUUGUUAUGAACUUAGAAAUGCAGGCUGGCGGUUUGAAGCUGUAGGAAGAGGACGUCUUGAAAUAGACGUGGUCAUGCUGUAACAUGAUAUUCAGCCAUGUUAGGAAUUGAGCUUUGAAUGUUCUUGCCAAGAAAGACACAUAUCUGCAGGCACGAACAACUGUCUGUGAAUGUUUUUCAGCAUCUGAAUGUAUAAGACUGUGAACAUGACUCAUACAUUUUGGGUAUAUUUAUGUAUAUAAAUAAAUUUUGAAAUCUCUGUUGCAGUUCCAGAGGUAGAUUGUGUUUCUUUGAGAUACUUCAUGCUCGUAUUUACAACUUUUUUUUUCUUUAGAUGAGCUAGCAGCAUACAACAAAUAAACUAUAGUAGAAUACUGGUUUCACUGGUUUUCAGGCUGAUGACUGUAUUUAAAAAAAAACACUGGCUGAAUGAAAAAAUGUUACUAAAGGCCUCCUGGAAGAUC